GAAUAGAGGCAGUCGGCGAGCGGCGCUGGGCGAGCGCGGCGCGGCGCGGCGGCCCCGCGAGUGCUGCAGUGAGGGAGCGAGGAGGGGGGAAGAGGGGGAGAGAGAGAGAGCGAGGCAGAGCGCGGCUCCAACUGUUGAAUUUCCACUGAAUUCUCCACUUACCUGCGGGCGGCUGGUGAAAUGGAUCUGGUUUAUCGGGGAUCGGCGUUCGCUCCGCGUGCUGCCUGGCUAAGACUGGCGACCGUCUGUUUGCAAGGGGCCACCCAUCAAUGAGGCAGAGAAGAAUAUUUGCUUUUUCUUCUUUUGCGUUUGAAAAGCUCCCUGCCACACGUUGCAGAAUUAACUGUGUACUUUGGGUCCGGACUCAAAUAAAGGAGAAAAAAACAGUGCAGAACUGAGACUCGGAACUAGAUCUGUGAGCUAUGUAUUGGAAACCUAUGUUUUUAUUGCUUUUUUUUUUUUUUCUUUUAAUGUGAAAGAUCUCUGAUUUAUUUCACACAUAACACUGAGGAAAGGUGGUUAAAAACACUCAGCAAAGCAGGAGACAGACGCGCCUCUGUGCCAGUGAGUGGAUAACAGCCUUGUUUUCCUGAUCCUCAGUCUCCUGGAGAAAGAGGAAACAGUGACCCAGGGUAUACGAGACAGAGAGGGGGGAAAUACCGACGGCAGCGAGAUGCAGCUCUCCGCCGCAAGCAAUGCAAGAUUAGAUCUCUAAAUGCAGCAAAACACUCCCUGAAAACCAACAACCCCGCGGUGCAAUCAGACAUUUCACUGCCGCUCACUGCACACGAAGAAGGUUUCAACAACAAGCUGAGACUUUUUUUUCCCUUCUGUCUUUCUCCUAACCCUCCAUUCCAUCAGUCGUAUCACAAGCGAUGAGUAGCAAAUAAGCUUUUUUUUACCUCUGCUACAGACCUGUGACCACCCCCUUUUCCUAUGUAUAUAUAAGUACACACAUUUAAAGAAUAUUUCUGAUAGUCUUUAGAAAAACUACCACUGCCGCCGGUAUUUUUAUUAUUGUUAUUAUUUUUAUUAUUCUUUGUACAUCUGCGGGGAUUCAAGGACCGGGAGCACAUCACCUGCCCGGAGGAGAAGAUCUUUUGCAAAUUUUCUGAUUUUUGAAACCCUCCCACUGCCGAAGUUGGACAGACGAAGUAACUGCGAGGGGACUGCAAGCACGGCAAGCUCUUGCUGAAACGCUGCCGAAGCUGCUCCCUCCCCUCCCCCCGACCCCCCCGACUGCUCCCUCCCUCUGAGCUACAUGGUCUAUUUGCUGCCUCUCAUCCUGUGUCUCUGCAGAUGUUUUAGAGCAACAGGUUCAGGAACUUGAAAUAUAGGGGUGGGGAAAGAGAAGGGAAAAAAAAAAAAAAUCAAAACCAAAAAGGAAAGAGAAAAAGAACCGUCAGAGGAGGAACAACAACCCCAGCGCAGGAGGCAAAGAGGACGGGGACAGCCCUGGUCGUCACUGCUGCUCCUGCCGCCCCCACCCCUGCUCGGGGAUGUACCUUUCCAUUUGUUGCUUCUUCUUCUGCUGGGCUCCCGCCCUGUCGCUGAAGAACCUGAAUUACUCGGUGCCGGAGGAGCAGGGAGCGGGCACGGUCAUCGGGAACAUCGGGCGCGAUGCGCGGCUGGCGGCAGGCGCGGCGGGAGGCGGGAUGCUGCCCGCCGAGCGUGGCGUUCCCGGCGGCGGCCCCGGCGGCAGCCGCGGCCCCAAGUCCACCUUCCGGGUGCUGGAGAACUCAGCCCCGCACCUCCUGGACGUGGACGGGGAGAGCGGGCUGCUCUACACCAAGCAGCGCAUUGACCGUGAGGCGCUGUGCCGGCGCAGCGCCAAGUGCCAGCUGUCCCUCGAGGUGUUCGCCAAUGACCAGGAGAUCUGCAUGAUCAAAGUGGAGAUUCAGGACCUGAACGACAACGCACCAUCAUUCCCCUCUGACCAAGUGGACAUGGACAUCUCCGAAAACGCUGCACCAGGCACCCGCUUUCCCCUCACCAGCGCCCACGACCCAGACGCUGGGGACAAUGGUCUGCGCACCUACCUGCUCACUCGUGAUGACUACGGCCUCUUCUCCCUCGAUGUGAAGUCCCGUGGUGAUGGCACAAAGUUUCCAGAGCUGGUCAUCCAGAAGCCAUUGGACCGUGAGGAGCAGAGUCACCACACCCUGGUGCUGACGGCACUGGACGGCGGUGACCCGCCACGCUCAGGGACAGUGCAGAUCAAUGUGCGCCUCAUUGACUCCAAUGACAACAGCCCCGUCUUUGAGGCAGCCUCCUAUGUGGUCGAGCUGCCCGAGAACGCACCGCUAGGCACGGCAGUCAUCGACCUCAACGCCACAGAUGCUGAUGAGGGCACCAACGGGGAGGUGCUCUACUCCUUCAGUGGCUACGCGCCUGAGCGCGUCCGUGACCUGUUUAGCAUUGACCCACAGAGCGGCCUCAUCCGUGUCAAGGGCAACCUGGACUAUGAGGAGAGUGGCCUCAUUGAGAUAGAUGUCCAAGCUCGGGACCUGGGGCCCAACCCCAUCCCUGCUCACUGCAAGGUCACUGUCCGCCUCAUCGACCGCAAUGACAACGCUCCCACCAUUGGCUUUGUCUCCGUGCGCCAGGGAGCUCUGAGCGAGGCUGCCCCACCGGGCACUGUCAUUGCCCUGGUGCGGGUCACCGACCGCGACUCGGGCAAGAACGGGCAGCUCCAGUGUCGGGUGCUGGGCGGCGGCGGCGGGCCCGGUGCCGUUCCUUUCACCCUGGAGGAGAACUAUGACAACUUCUACACUGUGGUCACUGACCGACCCUUGGACCGUGAGGCACAGGACGAGUACAAUGUGACCAUCGUGGCUCGUGAUGGGGGCAAUCCCCCACUUAACUCCACCAAGUCGUUUUCCGUCCGGAUCCUUGAUGAGAACGACAACCCGCCCCGCUUCAGCAAGAAUCUGUACGUGUUGCAGGUGCCUGAGAACAACAUCCCUGGAGAGUACCUGGGCUCAGUCUUGGCCCAGGAUCCUGACUUGGGCCAAAAUGGGACGGUGUCUUACUCCAUUCUGCCCGGGCACGUGGGAGAUGUCUCCAUCUACACCUAUGUCUCUGUCAACCCCACAAAUGGUGCUAUUUAUGCCCUGAGGAGCUUCAACUAUGAGCAGACGAAGCACUUUGAGUUCCGCGUGCUGGCCAAAGACUCGGGUUCACCCCACCGUGAGAGCAAUGCCACAGUGCGCGUCACCGUGCUCGACGUCAACGACAACGCGCCCCUCAUCGUGCUGCCUGCCCUCAUCAACGACACUGCUGAGCUGCAGGUGCCACGCAAUGCUGGCGUGGGCUACCCCGUGGGCACCGUCCGCGCCCUGGACAGUGACUUUGGGGAGAGUGGGCGCCUCACGUACGAGAUUGUGGAAGGCAACGAGGAGCACCUCUUUGAGAUGGACCCCACUAGUGGUGAGAUACGCACCUUGCACCCCUACUGGGAGGAGCUCAGCCCUGUGGCUGAACUGGUGGUAAAAGUCAGUGACCAUGGCAAGCCCAGCCUCUCUGCUGUGGCCAAGCUCAUAGUCAGGGCCUUGGCGGGGCCCCUGCCCGAGGCUGGCGAGCCGCAGGUGAACGGCGAGCAGCAUCGGCGGCCACACUGGGACUUGUCGCUGCCGCUGAUUGUGACGCUGAGCACUGUCUCCAUCAUCUUGCUGGCUGCCAUGAUCACUAUUGCUGUGAAGUGCAAGCGAGAGAACAAGGAGAUCCGCACCUAUAAUUGUCGCAUUGCCGAGUAUAGCCACCCUCAGCUGGGAGGAGGGGGAGGCAGUGGCGGGGGAGGAGGAGGCAGUGGCAGUGGAGGGGGCAAGGGCAAGAAGAAGAAGAUCAGCAAGAAUGACAUUAUGCUGGUGCCCAGUGAGGGCGAGGACAGCCGGGGUCCCCUCAAUGUCAUGAACGUGGUGAGCAGCCCAUCCCUGGCCACCUCACCCAUGUACUUUGACUACCAGACCCGCCUGCCCCUCAGCUCUCCCAGGUCUGAGGUGAUGUACCUGAAGCCCGCCUCCAACAACCUGACUGUACCCCAGGGACAUGUGGGCUGCCACACCAGCUUCACAGGGCAAGGGACUAACGCCAGCGAGGCUCCCCCGAGCCGGAUGUCCAUAAUUCAGACAGACAAUUUUCCCGCAGAGCCCAAUUACAUGGGCAGCAGGCAGCAGUUUGUUCAAAGUAGCUCCACGUUCAAGGAUCCAGAAAGAGCCAGCUUGAGGGACAGCGGGCAUGGGGACAGUGAUCAGGCUGACAGUGACCAAGACACUAACAAAGGCUCCUGCUGUGACAUGUCUGUUAGGGAGGCACUCAAGAUGAAAACUACUUCAACUAAAAGCCAGCCACUUGAACAAGAACAGCAAAGCAGAGGCCAAAGACCCAUUGUUGGGAUCUGUGGACCAGCCCGCUGUGAGGAUGGAAAAUUUUCAGAACAAGAAGAAUGUGUUAACUGCACAGAUGAAUGCAGAGUGCUUGGUCAUUCUGACAGGUGUUGGAUGCCACAGUUCCCUGCAGCCAGUCAGGCUGAGAAUGCAGAUUAUCGCACAAAUGUCUUUGUACCCACAGUUGAAGCUAACGUUGAGACUGAGACAUAUGAAACUGUGAAUCCCACUGGGAAAAAGACUUUUUGUACAUUUGGGAAAGACAAGAGAGAGCACACUAUUCUCAUUGCCAAUGUUAAACCUUACUUAAAAGCCAAACGUGCCCUGAGUCCUCUGCUUCAGGAGGUUCCCUCAGCAUCGAGCAGCCCAACCAAGACAUGCAUUGAGCCUUGCACCUCAACAAAAGGACCACUGGAUGGUUGUGAAGUGAAAUCAGGAGCCUUGGCUGAACCAAGCAGCCAGUACUUGUCAACUGACAGUCAGUAUCUAUCGCCCAGUAAACAGUCAAAGGACGCUUCCUUCAUUGCGUCAGAUCAGAUGGCUAGGGCCUUUGCAGACGUGCACUCCCGAGUGAGCCGAGACUCGAGCGAGAUGGACUCUGUUCUGGAGCAGCUGGACCGCUCCGCCCGGGAUCUGGGCAGGGAGUCCGUGGAUGCCGAGGAAGUCGUGAGAGAAAUAGACAAGCUCUUGCAGGACUGUCGGGGAAGCGACCCUGUGGCCAUCAGAAAGUGAGGGGGAAAAUAAGGACAGGCUGGCAGUUGCAUUUCCUCUUCUGCUGAUUGAAAGUAAAUAAAUAAAUAAAUUUCCUGGUUGUAACAGAAUUACAGGAAUGAAGGAAGACCAAUGCUGCUUUAAGGCUUUUAGUGAACAUCUGAAGUGCCCACAAGUAUGUUCUUUUCACUGCUCUUUCUUUUUGACAGAUAACACUGGUUUCAUUUUGACCAAACUUUCAUUAGGACAGAGUCAAGUACACCAAGAACAAAAUGAAGGAAGGAAAGACAGUGCCAUUUUGACAAUCUGAUAGGAAGGUGUGAGAAAGAUGGAAUGGAAAUACGUCUGAUACUUUAAGACUGUCCUCAAUAGCUGAUGCUGACUUUACUGUUUACGUAUAAACCCCAAGAAAAACAGGGUUGAAUAAUGCUGAUCUGUGGUGAAUUUCCAGCAGCCACCACAGGCUUCUACUGAAAGUCUUAUAAAGAGUUCUUGUAGUAGUCCAAGCGACGCCAAACAUUAACAUUCAUUUGUGGUAAACAUUUAUGUACAAAGUUAUCUGCCACAAAUACGAAAAAAAAAAAAAAAAAAAAAAGAACAAUAAAAGAAAAAGAAUCAUUCCAGAUCAUUAGUCAAGAAAGCAUAUCCUCAUCAUUAAUGAAACACUACAUAUCAUAUUAAGGUUAAAUGUAAAUGAUAUAGUCCAUUUUGUCCUGCACACACAUAAACUAAUUCACUUGAUAAAACGAAGAAAAAAAAAAAAUUUAAUAUCUAUUUAGCAUUUUAGUGUCCAACAAAGCUAUAAAUAGUUAGUGAUGAGUUUAAAAAAAAAGCAAAGGAAGUUAAAUAAAGUUUGGAAAAAAAAUGAGUUACCUUAAGGGUAAUACAGAAAAUAAAUUAACAUUAUUAACACUUUUUUAUUCAUUUGUGGACACUAAAAUAGCUCAGGAAAGUGAAAAUGUCAGACAUCCACAAAAAUCACAUGGUCAUUUAAAUGUGCAAAUGUAAGAAGAUUCAGUGUGUUUACAUCAAAUGACAUAUUUUUAUUGAUUUAUUGCAGAUUCAGUGCAUAUGAGCCAAAUUGUUGAGUGUAUAAGAGCUAUAUUGUGUAUUUUAUUAAAUUAAUAUAUAGUUGUGUUGCAAAAAUAUUUGGGCUUAUAUUGUAAAUGGCAAGUGUUGCCUCAGUAGCUGUCGAACUCUAUGAGUUUUGUUUUUUCCUGCUUCCUUUUCCCCAUGGAAGGUGGGAAGCAGCGCCUCAGAGCAAAGUCUCUUGUUUAAUGUAUGGUCUACGAAGUACUGCAGUACAUAAUCUGUUCAAAAUAUGUUUGAGUGAGCUGAUGGAGCUAACUGAACAGCCUACAAAUACAUCCAUCAGUCAUGGUUAUGUGCAAGUCCUUGUAGAAACUUCUACUGCAAACCCAUGUUUAAAAACAAAAAUUAUACUCGAACCAACAUCUGGAACCUCCUUGGGUUUUGUUUUUUUUUUCCCAACACAUUCAGCCAGCCUUUUCAAGGUAGGACAUUUAAUUGAAGUCUUCAGCCACCAUUUUAGAAGUUUUGGUAUUAAGUUUAUAGAACUGAAAAAUAUGUCAGUGCCAGUGUGGCAUGAGCAGUAUUUUAUCUGAUUCUUCAGAAUGCGCAAUAGCUUACUGCAGUUCUAGAUAAAUACUGCUUGU